UGUUGCUGCUGCUGCUGCGACGCCCCGCAGCGCCGAGCCUGAGGAGGCGGCUGAGGCUUCCCCGGUGCCCGCCGCCCGCCUCCCUGCCAGCGGCUCCUGCCUGCGCCGGCAAGGAUCAUUCAGCACCAAAGCACCAAACAGUGAAGCUCUACUCCACCCAGGCAAAGGGAGCAGGUGAUUUUUUUUAAAGGAACUGUCAACGAAUGAUCAUUUCUCGCUGUAAUGGCAGAGCAGCCUCCUCCAUUAGAAGCCACACCCGCUUUGAAUGAAGUGCCACUUCUACCUCAUAUGGUCAAUGGGGACAACACACAACAGGUUAUUCUUGUACAGGUAAAUCCAGGAGAGACUUUCACAAUUAGAACUGAAGAUGGACACAUUCAGUGUAUCCCAGGUCCAGCACAUGUUCCUAUGAUGUCAACAAAUGGUUCUGUGCCUCCAAUCUAUGUGCCUCCUGGUUAUGUAUCUCAGAUGGUGGAAGAAAAUGGAGUCCGGAAGGUUGUAGUUCUGCCACAUUCUACUGAAUACCACCCUCCCAUUCACCCUCCUCCUCCUCCUCCCCCACAUGUGACACAUUAUAUGCACCCUCAUCCUGCUAUGAUACCCCAUCCACCUCAUGCAGUGUAUCCUCCAGUUCCGGGAGGGGAAAUACCACCACAGUUCGUUCAUCAGCAUACACCACCGCAGCAUCUUUAUCAAGAACAGGAGACUCGUUCCCAUGGCAGAGCUAAUUUUCCUCCGCGAGAUGAAAGAACUCUCAAAAUGCAGGAGCAUUUGAAGAAACGGAUAAGAGACCGACAGACUAGUGGAAACACAAAUAAUAAACCGAACAGCCCUCCUUCCUCACCUCAGAAAGUUAACAGUUCGUCCAGCGCCGGCGUUCAGAAUGGACAUGGAAAGGGACAGCAAGGGUCAGGAGGGCAAGGCAAGCAGAGGCAAGCAGGGAAAGCCAGGGAAAGCCAAGCAGCCAAUUCAGGAAAGGGAGAAUCUGAUACAGAAUCUAGAAAAUCCCAAGAACCCUUAAGCAUCAGUAAGCCUACAGUCUCUGAAAUACAAGCUAGGUCAGCAGUCGUGGCUUGGGAUCCUCCUUUUGUGGUGCAAAAUGGCGAAACACAUCUCACCUCUACAAAGUUCAGAUACGAAGUGGCAAUCACAAAGGGUGGUAGAAAUGGAAAAUUUAAAUCAUUUUAUGUGGAAGAAGAGAGGACUUUUACUCUUAAUGAUCUCAGACCGGCAACCGAUUACCAUGUCAGAGUUAUAGCCUCAAGUAGUACCACAAAGGAAGCCGUUUCAGAGCUGGUGACUUUUACUACAGAUAGUUGUGAGCCAGACCCUCCAGCUGCACCGAAAGUAAUCAACAGAACCAAAAACAGCCUGAAUUUACAGUGGAAGACCUCCAAUGACAAUGGCUCCAAAAUAACUACCUACCUUUUAGAGUGGGAUGAGGGGAAGAACAACGCAUACAAGGAAUGCUACUACGGUCACCUGAAGCAGCACAAAAUUACCAAGCUGACCCCCUCCACAAAAUUUAGAUUCAGGUUGGCAGCCAGAAAUGACAUCGGGAUAAGUGAGUUCAGCGAAACAUUGGUAUGUUACACACUUGGAAUUGUCCCCCCACCACCUCUGCCUCCUAAGCUAAAAGAAGCAGGGGUAACUUGGUUAUCACUUGAAUGGAGUCCCCCGGCUGGAGUAUCCACAGAUGACUCUCUGACCUAUGUUUUAGAAAUGGAAGAAGAUGGUUCGAAUUAUGGUUUCCAAGCAGGGUACAACGGAGAUGAACUUUCUUGCACUUUAGAAGACCUUACAAGGAGCACUUCUUAUAAAUUCAGAGUGUUUGCUCACAACAGUGAAGGUAAAAGUGCCCCCAGUGAGGUAGUAGAAUUCAGCACAAUCCCCGACAAACCUGGACCUCCAAGUAAACCAGCUGUAAAGGGAAGGAUCCAUUCACAUAAUGUGAAAGUUACCUGGGAUCCACCAAAGGAUAAUGGAGGGUCAGACAUCUCCGUGUAUAUUCUAGAAAUUUCAGAAGCAUCAGUUGGGAGUAAAUGGGAAGUAGCAUGUAGUGGUUCCAUGAGAGAACAUGUAUGCACUCAGCUCAGCCCUGGUACGUCAUACAGACUAAGGGUCUUCUGCAUUGGUAGAGGUGGCCAAAGCCAGGCCUCUGAUAUACUCAUUGUUCAGACACCGGCUGUUCCUCCUGGGCCAUGUAAUUCUCCAUAUCUGGCUGCAAGACCCAAGACCAAGGAACUCAGUCUUAUUUGGGAUCCCCCUGCCAUGGAUGGGGGUUCAGAGAUAACAGAGUACAUUCUGGAAAUAGCAGAAGGUGACAGAGAUGAACGGAGGCAAAUAUACCGGGGCGAGAUGCCAGAAUGCACAGUGAAUGGUCUCAUUCCUGGGAGGACAUACUGUUUCUGGACACAAGCAGCCAACAAAGCUGGGCUUGGUCCUUCCUCAGAAAAGGCAGAGCUUUCUACAGCUCCAGGGCCCCCAGAACCAUGUCGCGCCCCUGUGCUAACUUGUAAGACAGCUACUUGCGUAGUAGCCACAUGGGAGAUUCCAGCAGGCAAUGGUGCAGAUGUUACUGAAUACAAAUUAGAAUGGGGCCAAGUAGAAGGAUUCAUGCAGAUAAUAUACAGUGGCCCUCUUCUGACCUAUGAAGUGAGAGGGCUUUCACCUGCAACUACAUAUUAUUGCAGAGUUCAGGCCGUGAAUAUAGCUGGUGCUGGAUUGUUUGGGGAAACUAGCAUGGUCACAACCCCGGCUUCCGUGCCAGCUGCAGUGACAGUAUUGCACUUGCUCAAAGAAGACCAGAUGGAAGCCCGCCUUCCUCUCUCAAAGUGCCUUGCUCUUCAGUGGGAGGAGCCCAAUUGCCAUGGGGCAGAGAUCCUUGGCUACAAUAUAGAGUAUGGGGAAAGACAAGUCUCAACUGUCAACAAAGUUACAAGCCAUGUUCUGGAGAACCUGCAACCUGACACUUUAUACAGAAUCCGAAUCCAAGCCUUUAACAAUCUCGGAACUGGUCCCUUCAGCCCCCACAUUAAAGCAAAAACAAAGCCUUUACCUCCGCAACCCCCACAAAUGGAAUGCGCGGUCUUUAGUUACCAGAGCCUUAAGCUAAAAUGGGGUGACGGCCCUGGCAGAGCUGUAGCCACCAGUACAACACAUUUCAACCUCGAGAUGGAAGUUAAAGCUGGCAGAUUCGUUACUAUCUACAGUGGACCUUGUCACACGUACAAAGUGCAGCGGCUUAGCGAAUCCACUAAAUAUUACUUUAGAAUCCAAGCAUGCAACGAUGCUGGUAAUGGAGAAUUUUCUAAAGUUUACGCGUUCACCACAACCAAAUCUACACCACCUGCUCUGAAAGCACCCAAAGUGCAACAAGUGGGAGAUAACGCCUGUGAGGUCACAUGGGAGACUUUACAGCCAAUGAAACGUGAUGCCAUUGUUUACAUUUUACAACUUGCCUGUGGGAGGGAAGUUGAUCAGGUAUACAAGGGACCAGAGACUUCAUUCCGUGUUACCAACAUUCAGAAUAACUGUGAAUACCGGUUCAGGGUGUGUGCUGGACGCCAGCAUAAUGACGGCACUGGAUCCCAGGAACUCUUUGGACCAUAUAGUCCUUACGCAGUGUUCUCAUCUCAGAAACAGGCGUCAGCAGCACCAAACACAGAUGCCGGCCCCGACCUCACGAAACGCAAGAAGGCGCUCAGCGAUGAACAGUUUGCCUUCCUGCUUCUCGUCAUCUUUGCAAUAGUUGCCAUUUUAUUUGCUGUUCUCAUUCAGUACUUUGUGAUCGUAAGCGAGUGAGCUUGCGGAUCGACUUCAAUACUCGGCUUGUUAUUUUUCAUACAGAAGUUUUAUGCCUUGGGUAUUUAUGUAAAUUCCAACUAAAAUGCUAACUGGGAAUGAUUGUAUAAGACCCAUGUUUCCAUUUUUGCUGCUGGACUUUUAACAGCGAGGCUGGGUAGAUAGAACUUCUCCCCCUCCCACCCCCUCCACCACAAACUCUUCCUUCCCAGGGGUGGUGGGGUAAGAAGAAAUGAGCAGAAGAAAAUCCCUAUUACCACAUAGUUAUGCAUCUUCUAAUCAGGGUUAGCUGUUGAAAACAGCAAAAUAAAUAAAUAAAGCAAGCAAGCUGCCUUAAUAUGCACUUGUGAUUCUCAGAGAGCUGGAAAAUUCUCACAGUAAGAUUUUUAUUCAAAGCCAAGAAAGGAUUGGUGUGGUGGGGGGAGCUCAGCCUCUUCAGCCCAAGUCUCUGCACAUGGGAGAUAUACAGCAGCAAAGAUGGUUCGGCUUAGAACAGUACUGUAUUAAAGAACAUUGCUAGAGCAUACCACAACAGAUAUAUACUGUAGACUGAAACGAAACCAAAAUCUUAGCAACUUCUACUUUAGUGAUACUUUUAUUUUUCUGAUCAUUUUAAUCUUUGGGAUUUUAAUAGUUAGAUUUAUCACUUCAAGAGCCAAGGGUCAUAGAAGGUGUCUGCAUUCUUAGGAGGUUUUUUUUAUCAAAAGCACCUCAAGGCACCAAGAUUCACCUAAGUACAGAAGGAUUUGCAUUGGUAUGUAACGUGGCAAAAUACUCCCCCUUCUAUACUGUAACAUUUCUGAAUGAAAUGCUUUCUCUCUCGUUGGUAAGCAACUUGUAGGCCCAACCAGAGUUCACUCUCUGAGAGAACAGUAACGCCCUGUGCUUCUGAUUGAACACCACUGCGGCGUGUUUUUUUUCAGAGGAAAAGCACAGAAUUUUUUUGUCUUUAAUGAGAACAAAAAGUGCAUUUAUGAUAAAUGUUCCACUAUUUGGCUCAAACUGAGCAAAUGCUUUUUGUACUAUUCUUAACAUAAAUUUUUUAAAAAAAGAUUCAAACUGUGGUCGGUUCUUUUCACUUUUUUAAGUUCUUGGGAUUCUCUCCAAUGUAAUCCAACUGAUCAAGUCACAUGUGAAAAUGAACCUUGCUUUUAAAAAAGUUUUAAAUUUUUUAAAGGGAAUUGCUGUCUCCUUGGUAGCAGUUUCAUAUUCCAUUGUUUUUGUGGUUCCAAAGUCUUUUCAGUUAUGUGAUGAAAUCUUCAGUGGCAGGUCUGGCUUUGGGUGGAAUAGUGUUGUUGUUGUUUUGUUUUGGGGGGACAGGGGGGUGAAUAUCAUGCACUACAUAAGACUGUUCUUUGUCAAGCCUCUGCAGCAGGUACCUGUGAAGUAUAAGUAAUUAAAUGUUGUCUUUACGUUCACGCUCCUUCGAAAGCUGGAAUCAACCUAUUUCAUUUUGGACAAAUAAAUCCAAGUUCAAACUAAUAAGUUUGUUCCGUUUAACUAAUAAGAGAAACCUAACAGUUAUACUUUAUGAAACAUCAGAGCAUUUGCACUUGUACGUGGGACAGUGGAUGUAAUGUGUAAGUCAGUUUAGCUUGAGAUGCCUCUGUUUCAGACAACAGAACAUCAUAAAAGUGUUUCUCAACUGGCUGUUAGUUCAUAAUGGUAACUUAAGAUUUGUGGCAUUGCGUAUGCAUUUCACACCUGGGUGGACACACACAGACACACAUAUCACUUAACUAUCUUAAAAGUAGAUAUAUGGUGCAAUCUGAAAUUAAUCUUUUUCAAAAAAAAAUGUACUCUCCUUUUUGUGAUCUAUUUAUUUUGAUUUUUUAAAAAAAUUCUGGAAACUAUGUUUGAAUGUAUUGUGCUACUUGUAGAAGAACUUUUAAGUUUAUCAUAUAUUGUAAUGGAAGCCUCUCUUCAAUGUUCGAAAGAGUUUUAUACAAAUGUUAGUGUCUUUUAGUUCACAGGAACGUUUACAACCUGAUUUUCUUUCAUACUUCACUUUUUAUAUAAAACAAUAGAUUGUCAGCAGAUUUCUGUUGCCAAAGGGUGUGUUUUUGCUGAACUCUCUGACAAAAAUGAUUGGGAGGGAAUACAGAGUCUUAUUUAAUUGGCAAUAGUAUGUCAGAUACAAUUUUUUUAAAAAAAAUUAGGUUUUUUUGAAUAAAUACUAACCAAAAUUAUGACUUCCUGGAAAGUUAAAAGUUUAAUUUGUAUUUGUAUUUGCCACCAAAUGUUUAUAUGUCCAGAUGAUUUACUGGAGAACAUAAUGGUAGAAUUUUAUAUUUACGACUAUACAUUCCAGGCUGAUGUACUCUAGUGGCAUUAAUGUAUUAGAUCCCCUUUUCUCUUGUAUUUUUAUUUUUAUUUUUUUUUUGCUGUAUUUCAUACUUAUGUUAAACCUGCCAGGCAUCGUAUUACUAAAUUGUAACUAUCAAAUAGAUAAUAUAUUUAAUAUGGCCAAUAAAGAUACAAUUUUUUUCCCA